GGUUGCCUUGGUCUCUGUGGGCAGCAUUAGGAGGAGGAGGCAGCUCGGGAAGAGGAGGGAGGCGUGUGAGCCUCAUUCCACCAGCCGGCUCCUUCCCUGCCGCUCUGUCUGACAGUGCCCAGGCUCCCACGCCAGCAUGGCCCUGCUUGUCCACCUCAAGACUGUCUCCGAGCUGCGGGGCAGGGGCGAUCGGAUUGCCAAAGUGACUUUCCGAGGGCAGUCCUUCUACUCCCGGGUCUUGGAGAACUGCGAGGAUGUGGCCGACUUCGAUGAGACAUUCCGGUGGCCAGUGGCCAGCAACAUUGACAAGAAUGAGAUGCUGGAGAUUCAGAUUUUCAACUACAGCAAAGUCUUCAGCAACAAGCUCAUCGGGACCUUCCGCAUGGUGCUACAGAAGGUGGUGGAGGACAACCACGUGGAGGUGACCGACACACUGAUGGAUGACAACAACGCCAUCAUCAAGACCAGCCUAUGUGUGGAGAUACGGUAUCAGGCCACUGAUGGUACAGUGGGCUCCUGGGAUGAUGGAGACUUCCUGGGGGAUGAGUCUCUUCAAGAGGAAGAGAAGGACAGCCAGGAGACAGAUGGGCUACUCCCCAGCUCCCGUCCCGGCUCCCGGCCACCAGGAGAGAAGAGCUUCCGGAGAGCCGGAAGGAGUGUGUUCUCCGCCAUGAAGCUGGGCAAGAACCGAUCCCACAAGGAGGAGCCCCAAAGGCAAGAUGAACCAGCGGUGCUGGAAAUGGAGGAGCUUGACCACCUGGCCAUUCGGCUAGGAGAGGGGCUGGAUCCCGACUCCGUGUCUCUAGCCUCUGUCACCGCUCUCACCACCAACGUCUCCAACAAGAGAUCUAAGCCAGAUAUCAAGAUGGAGCCGAGUGCUGGGCGGCCCAUGGACUAUCAGGUUAGCAUCACCGUGAUCGAGGCUCGGCAGCUGGUGGGCUUGAACAUGGACCCCGUUGUGUGCGUGGAGGUGGGCGACGACAAGAAGUACACAUCUAUGAAGGAAUCUACCAACUGCCCCUACUACAAUGAGUACUUCGUCUUUGACUUCCACGUCUCUCCUGACGUCAUGUUCGACAAGAUCAUCAAGAUCUCGGUGAUCCACUCCAAGAAUCUGCUACGCAGCGGCACCCUGGUGGGCUCCUUCAAAAUGGAUGUAGGGACCGUGUACUCCCAGCCUGAGCACCAGUUCCAUCACAAGUGGGCCAUCCUGUCAGACCCGGAUGACAUCUCUGCUGGGCUGAAGGGCUACGUGAAGUGUGAUGUCGCUGUGGUGGGCAAGGGAGACAACAUCAAGACACCCCACAAAGCCAAUGAGACAGAGGAGGAUGACAUUGAGGGGAACUUGCUGCUCCCUGAAGGGGUGCCCGCGGAGCGCCAGUGGGCCCGGUUCUACGUGAAAAUCUACCGCGCGGAGGGGCUGCCCCGGAUGAACACGAGCCUCAUGGCCAAUGUGAAGAAAGCUUUCAUCGGUGAGAACAAGGACCUCGUGGACCCCUACGUGCAGGUCUUCUUUGCUGGCCAGAAGGGCAAGACCUCUGUGCAGAAAAGCAGCUACGAGCCCCUGUGGAACGAGCAGGUCGUCUUCACAGACCUGUUCCCGCCCCUCUGCAAACGCAUGAAGGUGCAGAUCCGGGACUCUGACAAAGUCAAUGAUGUGGCCAUCGGCACCCACUUCAUUGACCUGCGAAAGAUUUCCAAUGAUGGAGACAAAGGCUUCCUGCCCACCCUGGGCCCUGCCUGGGUGAACAUGUACGGCUCCACACGCAACUACACGCUGCUGGAUGAACACCAAGACCUGAACGAGGGCCUGGGGGAAGGUGUGUCCUUCCGCGCCCGCCUCAUGCUGGGCCUGGCUGUGGAGAUUCUGGACACCUCCAACCCUGAACUCACCAGUUCCACAGAGGUGCAGGUGGAGCAGGCCACCCCUGUCUCAGAGAGCUGCACAGGGAAGAUGGAAGAAUUCUUUCUAUUUGGAGCCUUCUUAGAGGCCUCAAUGAUCGACCGGAGAAAUGGAGACAAGCCAGUCACCUUUGAGGUGACCAUAGGCAACUAUGGGAAUGAAGUGGACGGCCUCGCGAGACCCCAGCGGCCUCGGCCCCGGAAGGAGCCCGGGGACGAGGAAGAAGUGGACCUGAUCCAGAACUCCAGUGAUGACGAGGGUGACGACAGCGGGGACCUGGCCUCUGUGUCCUCCACACCCCCCAUGAGGCCCCAGAUCACUGACAGGAACUACUUCCACCUGCCCUACCUGGAGCGCAAGCCCUGCAUCUACAUCAAGAGCUGGUGGCCCGACCAGCGCCGCCGCCUCUACAAUGCCAACAUCAUGGACCACAUUGCUGACAAGCUGGAAGAAGGCCUGAAUGAUGUGCAGGAAAUGAUCAAAACAGAGAAGUCCUACCCGGAGCGCCGGCUGCGGGGUGUGCUGGAGGAGCUCAGCUGUGGCUGCCACCGCUUCCUCUCCCUCGCUGACAAGGACCAGGGCCACUCAUCCCACACCAGGCUGGACCGGGAGCGCCUCAAGUCCUGCAUGAGGGAGCUGGAAAGCAUGGGGCAGCAGGCGAAGAGCCUGCGUGCUCAGGUGAAACGGCACACAGUACGGGACAAGCUGAGGCUGUGCCAGAACUUCCUGCAGAAGCUGCGCUUCCUGGCAGAUGAGCCCCAACACAGCAUCCCGGAUGUCUUCAUCUGGAUGAUGAAUAACAACAAGCGAAUCGCCUACGCCCGGGUGCCUUCCAAAGAUUUGCUCUUCUCCAUCGUGGAGGAGGAACUGGGCAAGGACUGUGCCAAGGUCAAGACCCUCUUCCUCAAGCUGCCAGGGAAGCGGGGCUUCGGCUCAGCAGGUUGGACGGUGCAGGCCAAGCUAGAGCUCUACCUGUGGCUGGGCCUCAGUAAGCAGCGAAAGGACUUCCUGUGUGGCCUGCCUUGCGGCUUUGAGGAAGUCAAGGCAGCCCAGGGCCUGGGCCUGCACUCCUUCCCGCCCGUCAGCCUGGUCUAUACCAAGAAGCAGGCCUUCCAACUCCGAGCCCACAUGUACCAAGCCCGCAGCCUCUUUGCUGCUGACAGCAGCGGUCUCUCUGACCCCUUUGCCCGGGUCUUCUUCAUCAAUCAGAGCCAGUGCACCGAGGUGCUGAAUGAGACACUGUGUCCCACUUGGGACCAGAUGUUGGUAUUUGACAACCUGGAGCUGUAUGGCGAGGCUCAUGAGUUGCGGGACGAUCCCCCCAUCAUCGUCAUUGAAAUCUAUGACCAGGACGCCAUGGGCAAAGCUGAUUUCAUGGGCCGGACCUUCGCCAAGCCCUUAGUGAAGAUGGCGGACGAAGCAUACUGCCCACCCCGCUUCCCACCCCAGCUGGAAUACUAUCAGAUCUACCGUGGCAAUGCCACAGCUGGAGACCUGUUGGCUGCCUUUGAGCUUCUGCAGGUUGGACCAUCAGGGAAAGCUGACCUACCUCCCAUCAAUGGCCCAGUGGACCUGGACCGAGGGCCCAUCAUGCCCGUGCCUGUGGGCAUCCGGCCUGUGCUCAGCAAGUACCGUGUGGAGGUGCUGUUCUGGGGGCUGCGGGACCUGAAACGAGUCAACCUGGCUCAGGUAGACCGGCCACGGGUGGACAUCGAGUGUGCAGGGAAGGGGGUACAGUCAUCACUGAUCCACAAUUACAAGAAGAACCCCAACUUCAGCACCCUGGUCAAGUGGUUUGAAGUGGACCUCCCAGAGAAUGAGCUACUGCACCCGCCCUUAAACAUCCGUGUGGUGGACUGCAGGGCGUUCGGCCGCUACACCCUGGUGGGCUCUCACGCUGUCAGCUCUCUGCGGCGCUUCAUCUAUCGGCCCCCUGAUCGCUCAGCUCCCAACUGGAACACCACGGUCAGGCUUCUCCGGGGCUGCCAUGUGCUGUGCAAUGGGGGCCCCUCCUCUCACCCCACAGGGGAGGUUGUGGUGAGCAUGGAACCUGAGGUGCCUGUGAAGAAGCUGGAGACCAUGGUGAAGCUGGACGCGAACUCUGAUGCUGUCAUCAAAGUGGAUGUGGCUGAGGAUGAAAAGGAGAAGAAGAAGAAAAAAAAGAAGGGUACCUCAGAAGAGCCGGAGGAAGAGGAGCCGGAUGAGAGCAUGCUGGAUUGGUGGUCCAAGUACUUCUCCUCCAUCGACACUAUGAAGGAGCAACUUCGGCAACAAGAGGCCUCUGGGACUGAUUUGGAAGAGAAGGAGGAAAUGGACAACAAUGAGGGCCAGAAGGGGCCAAUGAAGGGCAAAGAGAAGGCCAGGGCUGCCAAAGAGGAGAAAAAGAAGAGAGCCCAGAACCCUGGCCCCAGCCAAGGACCCGAGACCACUGAAAAGAAGAAACCCAAAAUCGAUGAGCUCAAGGUGUACCCCAAGGAACUAGAGGCGGAGUUCGACAACUUUGAAGACUGGCUGCACACCUUCAACCUGCUUCGAGGCAAGACGGGGGAUGAUGAGGACAGCUCCACUGAGGAGGAACGUAUCGUGGGCAGGUUCAAGGGCUCCCUGUGUGUGUACAAAGUGCCACUCCCAGACGACGUGGCCCGGGAAGCCGGCUAUGACCCCACCUACGGCAUGUUCCAGAGCCUCCCAAGCAAUGACCCCAUCAACGUGCUGGUCCGCGUCUAUGUGGUCCGGGCCACUGACCUACACCCAGCUGACAUCAAUGGCAAAGCUGACCCAUACAUCGCCAUUCGGCUAGGCAAGACCGACAUCCGAGACAAGGAGAACUACAUCUCCAAGCAGCUCAACCCUGUGUUUGGGAAGUCCUUCGACAUCGAGGCCUCUUUCCCCAUGGAAUCCAUGCUGACAGUGGCUGUGUAUGACUGGGACCUGGUGGGCACCGACGACCUCAUUGGAGAAACCAAGAUAGACCUGGAGAACCGCUUCUACAGCAAGCACCGGGCCACCUGUGGCAUCGCCCAGACCUACUCCAUACACGGCUACAAUAUCUGGAGGGACCCCAUGAAGCCCAGCCAGAUACUGACCCGCCUCUGCAAAGAAGGCAAAGUGGAUGGCCCCCACUUUGGACCCCCUGGAAGAGUGAAGGUGGCCAACCGUGUCUUCACUGGGCCCUCGGAGAUCGAGGAUGAGAAUGGUCAGAAGAAGCCCACAGAGGAGCACGUGGCUCUGUCUGCCCUGAGGCAUUGGGAAGACAUCCCCCGAGUGGGCUGCCGCCUGGUGCCGGAACACGUGGAGACCAGGCCAUUGCUCAACCCUGAUAAACCAGGCAUUGAGCAGGGCCGCCUGGAGCUAUGGGUAGACAUGUUUCCCAUGGACAUGCCAGCCCCGGGGACACCUCUGGACAUCUCCCCCAGGAAGCCCAAGAAGUACGAGCUGCGGGUCAUCGUGUGGAACACAGACGAGGUGGUUCUGGAGGAUGACGAUUUCUUCACUGGGGAGAAAUCCAGUGACAUUUUUGUGCGAGGGUGGCUAAAGGGUCAGCAGGAGGACAAGCAGGACACAGACGUCCACUACCACUCCCUCACUGGUGAGGGCAACUUCAACUGGCGCUACCUGUUCCCCUUUGACUACCUGGCGGCAGAGGAGAAGAUCGUCAUCUCUAAGAAGGAGUCCAUGUUCUCCUGGGAUGAGACAGAGUACAAGAUCCCUGCACGGCUCACCCUGCAGAUCUGGGAUGCUGACCACUUCUCUGCUGAUGACUUCCUGGGGGCCAUCGAGCUGGACCUGAACCGGUUCCCCCGCGGUGCAAAGACAGCCAAGCAGUGCACCAUGGAGAUGGCCACGGGGGAAGUGGAUGUGCCCCUGGUUUCCAUCUUCAAGCAGAAGCGUGUCAAAGGCUGGUGGCCCCUCCUGGCCCGCGAUGAGAAUGAUGAGUUUGAGCUCACGGGCAAAGUGGAGGCUGAGCUGCACUUACUGACAGCAGAGGAGGCAGAGAAGAAUCCAGUAGGCCUGGCCCGAAAUGAGCCUGACCCCUUAGAGAAACCCAACCGGCCCGACACGAGCUUCAUCUGGUUCUUGAAUCCUCUCAAGUCAGCCCGCUACUUCCUGUGGCACACCUACCGCUGGCUACUGCUCAAACUGCUGCUGCUCGUGCUGCUGCUCCUCCUGCUCGCCCUGUUCCUCUACUCUCUGCCGGGCUACCUGGCCAAGAAGAUCCUCGGGGCCUGAGCCCCUCAGCCUUCCGGGUCUG